AUGAUUUCUUCUUCUUCUUCUUCUUCUUCUUCUUCUUCUUCUUCUUCUUCUUCUUCUUCUUCUCCCUCAGUUUUUAACUAUCAUUUUCACUUCUCUUCUCUAUCUCACCCCCUACACACUCCUCUCACUCCCUCUAGAAAUUCUUUGCCUUUCACUUUUUUUUUCGUCCUUUAUUUCUUAAGGUUCUUUCUUUCUUUCUGUUUUUUAAGGUUUUCCAUUUUUUCUCAUGAUUACAUUUUUUUCUUUCAUUUUUUUAUCGUAUUGUUCCUCUCAUUUUUUUCUUUUAAUAUCGGGCUACCAAUAAUUGUUCUUUCUUUCUUCUAUCUUUUAUUUUUAAGAUUUCUUUCUUUUUUCUUUCUUUCUUUUCUUUACGUUAACUCUUUUUUCUUUCUUUCUUUCUUUCUUUCAUUUUUUAUCGCAUUGUUUCUCUCAUUUUUUUUUCUUUUACGUCAGGCUACCAAUAGCCGUUCUUUCUUUCUUUUCUCUUUUAAUUUAAAGAUUUCUUUGUUUUUUCUUUCUUUUUUUUUCUUUACGUUAACUCUUUUUUUCUUUCUUUCAUUUUUUAUCUCAUUCUUUCUUUCUUCUUUCUUUCUUAUGAUUUCUUUCUGUUUCUUUCUAUUCUGUUCUUUCUUUCUUCCUUUCUUUCUUUAUUAUGAAGAUCUCUUCGUUCUCGUUUAUUUUCUUCUUUUGCUUCUUUUUUCUUUUUCUUCUCUUUUUACUUUUUCUUUUAUCUACAUUUGCAUUCUUUCCCUUUCUGAACAAUUUAAUAAUAAUAAAGAACUAUAUACACUCGCACUCCUACUACUACCUUCACUAUAA